AUGCUCUGUAAAAAUGGAGAAAUACCUACAUACAUACCAUCUGAUGUAACGGAACUAUUUAUUGAAAAGUUUGACUUUAAUCAGCUCAGUAGAAAUCAGUUCAAAGAUGUGUCAAAUAUACAAAAACUCGAUAUUCAAGCAGAGAGUGGGAAGUAUAUUCCUUCUAAAAGCUUUGAUCAGUUUGUCAAUUUAACAUAUCUUGGCUUACAUGGGAAAGAUAUUGAAAUGAUCAGCCCAGAUGUCUUUCUAGGACUAAACAAGUGUUUGACACUAAAUUUAUCAUCUAACCCUAGUCUACAAAUUUCGGGAAUAAGUAGCGCUUUAAAUUCAGAAAACAGAGGACUCAGUACGACAAUAUUGCCAGAAUUGUUAUCAUUAAGUGUAGCUAAGAUAAAAACGUCCUUUCCAAAUCCAGUGGAUCUUAAUGACUACUUCUUUAAAUCAAUAACUCUUGGUAGAAAGCUUAAGUACUUAGAUAUAUCUGACCUUAAUAUAUUAAUGCUUAAUUUCGAUGCUAUUGGGCACAUAUGUAAGACUGUAGAGUAUGUGGAUUUAAGAAAGUCAGUAACUGGAAACUUUAGAAAUUUCAUAAAAGCUGAGGCAUGUGAAAGCCUAAGGACGAUUGAUAUAAGUGAGGCGGUUCUGCCAGCGCUACGAAUCAAAUUUACAUUUGAGACACUUAAUUUCUUUUGCGAGUCUUUGAAUUUCUAUACAUUCGUAGAAAAACUUUUGGCAACCAAUAUAAAUACAGAACAUAAUAUUGAGAUAAAUGACUACUUUUUGGACAUGUUAAGGUGCCCACUUCAACUUAAAAAAGUGUCAUUUGCGGGAAAUAAGAUGAAAUGGUUGAAUAUGACCGUUCAGUUACACCAAACAACCAAACAGAGUAUUUCUGAAAUUAAUAUUUCAUAUAAUGGAUUGGAAUACAUCUCUCCGUCAGUUUUGCAACCGUCAGUGAACAUGCGCAUUCUGGAUUUUUCACAUAACGAACUACAUGUAAUGCAAGAAAAAUAUACAGAGGAGUUUGAAAGACUAUUUUGGGCUCUAACAAAACUUUAUUACCUUAAUAUCUCUCAUAACAGUUUAAGCAAUUUACCGAUGCAAAUGUUCAAGAAAUCCCGAUCUCUAAAGAUUUUAGACAUUUCGUACAAUAGAGUAAGCAGCUUGCAUUUCUCAAUAAAACAUCUAGGUAACCUUGAAAAACUCAUUGCCCGUCAUAACAAAAUUUACAUUAUUGAGCAAAACGUUCGAACUGAAUUACAAAUACUUUUACAAGGGUCUCAUCAUAACCUUACUCAUCGUAACGGCAAAAACAAAAAGCAUUUUCAUGUAUAUCUAGAGGCAAAUCCAUUUCAAUGCACAUGUGAUAGUGUAAACGAGGAGUUUAUAGAGUGGCUGCAUUAUACUGAAGUCAUAGAUGGAAAUGAAACAAUAACAUGCAUGCUAGAUGACAAUAUCAAGGUCAUACGGAAUAACGCCCUGAAAGAGACUGUACACUUUUGCAGAAUGCAAACCAUCAAGAAGAUCGCUAUGAUUGCUACGCCCUCCGUUAUUAUAGCAGUAAUACUGGGCGUAUUUGCUUUUGUUCGUAUAAGGAAACGUCGUAAAAACGGGAAAAGGCUUCGUGAAGUGAUUGCCCAAAUUGAGGCAGGAACGUUUCCAUUACGAUAUCUUGCAUUCUUGUCAUAUUGUAGUGAAGACGCUGACCUUGUAUUGAAGAAAAUAUAUCCGGAACUAUGUAAACAUUUGUCAGAAAUGACUCAUUCAAACGAACAAAUGGUGUGCAUAGGUGAUAAACAUUUUCAACCUGGAUAUUCCCUUAUUUGCGAAGUUAUGCGUUGCGUGGAGGAGUCGUCGGUUUUUGUUGCAAUUAUUUCGAAAAUGUUUUGCCGAAAGAAAAUGUGCAAACUUGAAAUAAAAGAGGCAUAUGAACAGAAUAAACCCAUUUUAAUGCUUAUGAUCGAACAUGUUGAUAAGGAAUUAAUGGACAAUUUUCUUCAGAAAAUAUUUGAUCGUUUCGCCCAUGCCGCAUGGAAACCAGAUCAGAACGGUGGCCAUAUUGAACCAGAAUGGAACAUAUUCUGCAAGUCUAUCAUACAGUUAUCCGGAAAAGAUAACACACAUGCUUAUUAA